AUGUCAAUGAUCAGUAUAAUGAUUUGUACUUUCUUUUCUAUUUCAACAAUAUCAGCAAUACCUGCAACAGGUGUUGUUUUGUCAGCUGUUAUUCGGAACACACAGAAUACACCCGUUCAGUGCACUAUUAAUUGGACGACAUACAACGGUCCAACAUCGAACCAGGAUAUCAUUAUGGUUGAAAGCAAUAAAUAUAAACUUGUAUUUGAAAAAAGCAUUUAUAUAGGUACGUCGAUAGCAGAUGUAUUUAUUCAAGAAAUUCAUUGUGGUGACUUAGUGCUUACUACUCCAUUCGCAAGAGUUCUUGCAAUAGAAAGACUUUGGGAAUUUCGUGUUGAAUCAGAUAGAAUAGUUUCAGUUGGACGAAGUUCAUAUGUACCUUAA